UGGCUGGGGUGGGGGUGGGGGGAGGGUCGGGUGUCCGCGAGCUCGGCGUGCGGGUUCCGAGUGGCUGCAGGCGGCCUGGGCUGCGGGGGCCGACGCCUGGGUGGCUGCCGCCGCCGCGCCUGCUGUGAGAUGGCGGUCUUGGGCGCCGAAGGGUGAGAGCACUCGCCGCUGGAGGAGGCGCUGCUGCCGUGGCCGCUCGGCCGACAGCUUCGCGCCGGGGUUGUCGUCUCACCAGACUAUGAGUUCCUUGAAAGAAGGAAUCACGUCUUAUUCAUCUUUGUAUCCCCAGUGUCCAGGACGGUUCCUGAUAUAUAGUUGAAGCUGAAUUUUGGGACAUGGCCACUGCUUCACCAAGGUCUGAUACUAGUAAUAACCAUAGUGGAAGGUUACAGUUACAGGUAACUGUUUCUAGUGCCAAACUAAAAAGAAAAAAGAACUGGUUUGGAACAGCAACAUAUACAGAUGUAGUUGUAGAUGGAGAGAUUAAAAAAACAGCCAAAUCCAGUAGUUCUUCUAAUCCAAAAUGGGAUGAACAGCUAACUGUAAAUGUGACCCCACAGAGUACUUUGGAAUUUCGGGUUUGGAGCCAUCACACCUUAAAAGCAGAUGCUUUAUUAGGAAGAGCAACAAUAGAUUUGAAACAAACUCUGUUAAAGCACAAUAGAAAAUUGGAAAAAGUGAAAGAACAAUUAAAACUUUCCUUGGAAAACAAGAAUGGCAUUGUGCAAACUGGUGAAUUGAUAGUUGUGCUUGAUGGUUUGGUGAUUGAGCAAGAGAAUCUAACAAACUGCAACUCAUCUCCGACUAUAGAACUACAGCAGAAUGGUGACGCCUUGCAUGAAAAUGGAGAGCCUUCUGCAAGGACAACUACCAGGUUGGCUGUUGAGAGUAGUAAUGGAAUAGAUAAUCAUGUACCUACAAACACUGUUGUCCAAAACUCAUGCUGUUCGUAUGUAGUUAAUGGAGACAACACACCUUCAUCUCCAUCUCAGGUUGCUGCCAGACCCAAAAAUACACCAGCCCCCAAAGCACUCAUAUCUGAGCCUACUAAUGACACUGUUAAUCAAGAAUCAUCCUCACCUGCACCAACUGAUAAUGCUUCUGCCAUGGGUACUCAAUUAACAUCUGAAGAAACCACCUUGACUUCAAAUUACACUAGCACUUCCAUUGAAGAUCCUCCCGAUCAAGAGAUACAAGAGAGUAUGGUUUCCUCAGAGCACAGUGAAUGUAUUCCUUCUGUCAGUACAGAAUUGGGAUCUGAAGCUAGGAGCAUUUUAGACCCUGACUCCUCUAAUUCUGGAAAUAGUUCUGCUUUUGACAAAUUAAGGCAGCCAGAUGGGUGUGUGGAAUCUGUACGGCAGCAGUCUGGAAGUGCCAACACAGAAUCUUUGCCAUCAGGAUGGGAGCAGAGAAAAGAUCCUCAUGGUAGAACCUAUUAUGUGGAUCAUAACACACGGACUACUACCUGGGAGAGACCACAACCUUUACCUCCAGGUUGGGAAAGAAGAGUUGAUGAUCGUGGAAGAGUUUAUUAUGUGGAUCAUAACACCAGAACAACAACAUGGCAGCGGCCCACCAUGGAAUCUGUUCGAAAUUUUGAACAGUGGCAAUCUCAGCGGAACCAAUUGCAGGGAGCUAUGCAACAGUUUAAUCAACGAUACCUCUAUUCGGCUUCAAUGUUAGCUGCAGAAAAUGACCCAUAUGGACCUUUGCCACCAGGCUGGGAAAAAAGAGUGGAUUCAACAGACAGGGUUUACUUUGUGAAUCAUAAUACAAAAACAACCCAAUGGGAAGACCCAAGAACUCAAGGCUUACAGAAUGAAGAACCUCUGCCAGAAGGCUGGGAAAUUAGGUAUACUAGGGAAGGUGUUAGGUACUUUGUUGAUCAUAACACAAGAACAACAACAUUCAAAGAUCCUCGAAAUGGGAAAUCAUCUGUAACAAAAGGUGGUCCACAAAUUGCUUAUGAACGCAGCUUUAGGUGGAAACUUGCUCACUUCCGUUAUUUGUGCCAGUCUAAUGCACUACCCAGUCAUGUAAAGAUCAAUGUGUCCCGGCAGACAUUAUUUGAAGAUUCCUUCCAACAGAUUAUGGCAUUAAAACCCUAUGACUUGAGGAGGCGAUUAUAUGUAAUAUUCAGAGGAGAAGAAGGACUUGAUUAUGGUGGCUUAGCAAGAGAAUGGUUUUUCUUGCUCUCACAUGAAGUUUUGAACCCAAUGUACUGCUUAUUUGAGUAUGCAGGCAAAAACAACUAUUGUCUGCAGAUAAAUCCAGCAUCAACUAUUAAUCCAGACCAUCUUUCAUAUUUCUGUUUCAUUGGUCGCUUUAUUGCAAUGGCACUAUUUCACGGAAAGUUUAUCGAUACUGGUUUUUCUUUACCAUUCUACAAACGUAUGCUGAGUAAAAAACUUACUAUUAAGGAUUUGGAAUCUAUUGAUACUGAAUUUUAUAACUCCCUUAUCUGGAUAAGAGACAACAACAUUGAAGAAUGUGGCUUAGAAAUGUACUUUUCUGUUGACAUGGAGAUUUUGGGAAAAGUUACUUCACAUGACCUAAAGAUAGGAGGUUCCAAUAUCCUGGUGACUGAGGAGAACAAAGAUGAAUAUAUUGGUUUAAUGACAGAGUGGCGUUUUUCUCGAGGAGUACAAGAACAAACCAAAGCUUUCCUUGAUGGUUUUAAUGAAGUUGUUCCCCUUCAGUGGCUACAGUACUUCGAUGAAAAAGAACUGGAGGUUAUGUUGUGUGGCAUGCAGGAAGUUGACUUGGCAGAUUGGCAGAGAAAUACUGUUUAUCGACAUUAUACACGAAACAGCAAGCAGAUAAUUUGGUUUUGGCAGUUUGUGAAAGAGACAGACAAUGAAGUAAGAAUGCGACUGUUGCAGUUUGUCACUGGAACCUGCCGUUUACCUCUAGGAGGAUUUGCUGAGCUCAUGGGAAGUAAUGGGCCUCAAAAAUUUUGUAUUGAAAAAGUUGGCAAAGAUACCUGGUUACCAAGAAGCCAUACAUGUUUUAAUCGCUUGGAUCCAUCAAGCCAAAAUUUUAUUGUUCUAUAUAUUAGUUGUAUUCUGUAUUUUUAUUCAGGAAUUCAUCGUAGAGAUGAAACAAUGGCAGUGAUUCACUUAGUUGAAGACUCAUUUCCAAAUCCUAAUCACAAAACAUGCUAGUUAUUUUCAAAUCUAAAGAAUCACAAAAAGAUCUUAAUAUAUAUGAUAAGCUAUGAAAUAGAGGGUGACCAGUCCUCAAAGGGACUAUUAUUAAAUCAUUCCAGAUAGACACACAAAUGGUACCACUGCCACAUGAACUGGCUAAGUAGUUAUUAUCAUUUAACAGUGAUAUUUAAGAAUAUAAUUUAGAUUUGACUGAAGAAGGUGGCAGUCAGCUAGCUUCAGAAUGACACUCCCCUGUAGUAAAAAUUUAUCAUACAACAGGUAAGGCUACAGAGACCAAACCAGCUUACUGGGUAAGACUACUCUGGAGACCUCAGAAGGACCUUUAGGGCCUGAUCUACAAACAAAGCUGUCUUGAUCUGUCUACUUGGUGGCAGUCAUAAAAAACAAACAAACAACAAAAAAAACUAAAAAAGGAACAACAACAACAAAACCCCACAGAAAUGUGGCCCACAUCUCUCACCUCAUCUAUUCUGAGCUGGACCAACCACAAGGAAAUAAGUAUAAAGCUCCUUGUGCCGGAACACAACUCAUGAGGCAAUGGGAGACAAGAGGGAGGCUUAGAGACCAUCUCACAUUGCUACUUCCCUCCACCACUAAUAAACUGAGCCCAGAAAUGGGUCACAGAUCCAGCACAAUCUCAACAAUUAAGUCAGCUGUCUCCAAAAAAGAAGCUACCAGUGUUUUGUGCUUUUUCUGUACUUCCUAAGCAGCUCAAAGUCAAAUGUCAACCUUUUCCCCUAUUGACUUAAAUUAUUCACCUAACUCUUCUUACCCUGAAAUUAGUUAGGAUGGUGAUAUGUCAACAAUAUUGCCAGGUAAGUUUACCUCUGCUAAAAAUGACUUCAACUGUUAAGUUGCAUCCUGAAAGAAAUAACUGUAGAUAUGGAAUAGGAAGCUCUACCUAAUGUGCUUCCCUGCAUGUGAAACGUUUGCCAAGGUCAUGUCCCUUUUGAGGAUCUUGAGCUAUCAUUUGAAGAGAGAUGGUUCUUGGAAAGUUCUGUGGGUGUUCUACUCAGAUUAUUAGAUCAUCAUCUGAAAUGAGGCCCAACACUGGCCUACUGGCCAGUUGUGGUUUCUGCCUUAAUGUUGAAUAAAAUGAUGCCAAAUUCAGCCUUAAUAUGACUGAAUCUCAGAUGAUCUGGUAGAUAUUACAGAAGUAAAGCAAAUCUAUUGAAGUAUGUGGAUGAGAAAAUAAAAGUUCCAGAACACUUUCAUCUGUUGAACUUAAAAACCAAGCUUGAGGCCAACUGAGGAAAAUAGUCUUAAGUUCAAAAGUAACAUGUGCUAAAUUCUAAAAUCUCUCUCCCCAGUCUCCAUCAAGGAGAAUACAGUCAGAUGAUGAUAGUUUUUAAAAGUACUUAAUACUCAUUAUGAAUAUUUUAUAAAAAGUAGUUUCUUAAUUCUCACAAGUACAUAAGAUUGGUGUUUUUGUUUUAAGAUGCUUAAUUUAUAGGUAACAUUAGUGAAUCUGAGAAGUCAUUCUACAACAUUCAUAGCUAGUCCCUAGUCCAAAAUUAGAAACUCAGUUGGGAAAAUUUCGUGGUCAAGAAGUGAGAGCUCUCAGGUUCUUACAGUACCAUGACCACAUUUUUCUGAAUUCAAAUUUCUUCUCAUGACCUCAAAAGGAAGGAAGGGAAAAAAACCAUAAGGAGAGGUUAUCACUCAUCACCAAUGUAUUUAACAUGUUUGAAAGACAAAAUACUAUACAUUCUGUAGACAAGUAUGUGGAGAAAUAAGCCUCUCAAACUAGCAGAGUCAUCUUUGGAAUGCAUACAAAACAGUCAAGUGGAGAAUGCACAGGAAGAAUGUAAUGGACUCCAAGGGUUUAUUCUCAGAAGUAGAGUGUCUCACACCACCCUGAGUGAGAAAACAAAGAACCAGUGGGAAUCCUGCGGUCAAAAGGAAGAGACUUUGAAAAUACCCAGAAUCAGAAAUGUGGAAAGGCAUCACAUCUUAAGAGAAGGAAGAUUCCCUAGUAAUGGAAAAAAGGAAGAUAAAAGCUCCUUAAAGGACCUGGCAACCACACUCCAGAGAGAAAAUAUUGACAUAAAAACUUAAUCAUGUUCAUAGCUUUAUUUUUAAUAGCUAAAAACUGAAAAAACCUAAGUGUCCUUCAAUGAAUGGUUAAAUGAACUAAAACAUGAAAUAUGUGUCAGCACUGAAAAGAAACUAUAGGUAGAACUGGGAUGGAUCUCAGGGGAAUUACACUGAGUGAUAAAGGACAAUCUCAAAAGGUCCCAUACUGUGAUUCCAUUUGUAUGACAUUUUUGAACUAUACAUAAAAGUGAACAUUGAAAUGUAAAAUCCAGAUAAGGUCUGUCAGUUUCUUAGUUUGGUGGUAUAGACAUUUAAGAUGUUACCACAGGUGCAAACUAGAAGGGUACAUAGGAUUCCUUUGUACUAUUAUGAAUCUAUUAAUUCUUUCAAAGUAAAAAUCUUUAUUAAAAUGCUCUUUCAAGUAUUAGAAUACAUACACUCCCAUCCAUAAAAGGCUUUAUUAAAGAUACAGAUGCCUCAUUUCACAAAAACAACUUACUGCAGGCGUGUGCGUGUGUGUGUGUGUGUGUGUCUGUGUGCUGGGGUACUGACCCAGGGCCUUGUGCAUGCUAAAUAAUGCUCUAUCACUAGCUUCACUUUCAGCCAAGUUAUACUAAACCAAACCCCUAAAUUCCUAGUAUUGAUUGCUAUUAAUAAAUACAUAUAUAUAUAUAUAUAUAUAUACAUACACACACACACACACACACACAACCUAGAAAAAUAGAUCCAAAGUCACUAAUGAGAAAAUUGAAAAAUGGGGAAAAAAGGGGAAAAAAAAAAAAGGGUCAUGGGGGUGUAGCCCUGGUAGAGUACCUACUUAGCAAGUAUGAGGACCUGGAUUAGAUUCCCAGCUCUGGGGAAAUAAAAAAGGAACAUGGGGGUGGGGGAGAAAAAUUCUAUAACAAUAUGCUAACAUGAAUUAAGUUGCAGAUAUGGAAAAAAUCCAAAUUUAAAGACUCAGAACUGGACAAACAUGAAGAUGUGAAAUGGCUGCUGAAAAUUGGGAAAAACUGAAAAAAAAUAUAAGAGCAUCUCAACAAUGAAGAAAACUAUAAAGUAGCUAAAGAAAUCAAAAUAUAAGGGAUAUGGAAGACAAAUGAAAAGAGCUUAGAAAAUAAAAAAUUAAAAAUUGAAAUGAUAAAUAUAAACAUCGGGUAAUGACUGAAAAAAUAUAUAUACUUAAGUAGACUCCCUGAAGACAGGCUUAACAGUGAUUCUCAAAGUGGGGUCAAUUAGGCCAAUCUAUUUGAGCCAAUAUUGGCAAGAAAUGCACUGGCUUCUCCAAAAAGUCAAUAUUGUGAGAAGAAAAAGGUAGGGGAAAUGUUCUAGAAUAAAAGCAAUUAAUCAAAUGCAAUGUAUGGCCUCUGGUACUGGUUUUAAAAAGUACAAAACAUUUUUCAGAAGCAUUUUUAAAGGACAGGACAUUUGAGAAAAUAUGAAUAUGGCUAUUACACAGGUUGGCACCAAGAUACACCACUUAACUACCUUAAACCAAGAACCCUCAACAUCCUCAUCACUUGACUUGCUGCACCUUCUCUGCAAGAUCUCAACUUUGAAUCAAAUACAACUUGAAAAUCCACUCCUUCAAAUGCUACCUCUUUCACAAAACUCUUCUUGAUACCCUCUCAUCCUGGUGUUUAGAAAUCCCAUAUACCACUUUACAUUGUUGAUGUCCUAAGAUACAAAAUAAUCUGUGGGCCAUGGAAAUUUAUUGCUACCACUUUUAGGACAAUAGGGAAAUUACUACUUUUACCUUGCUAUUUGUGAAGAAACCUAGAAUUUUCUAUAUUUAUUCUGUUAAAUGGUCACGACAUUAAAAGAACUGAGAAAAAGCCAUAAAAGUUAUGAUUAACAUAUUAUCUUUGAAAAGGCAAAGUUUAUUAUUUCAUGUAUUUUCUUCUCUGAAAAGUCUCAUUUCUUUUCACAAACCUGUAAGCAACUGAGCAGCUUCUGUCUGUAUCUAGAAUGGAAAAACACAUUAUAAAUAAACAGUACAGCUUAAAAAUUAACUCUGAAAUUUAAGUUUAUAAAGUAGACUUGUUUCCAAAAACUGAGAUAGAUGAUUUUAAGAAUAAAAUUCCUUGACAGGAAUGACUGGAUAAAACUCAACAAAAUUCUUUCACUUUAGCAUAUAUUCCUAGACUUUUGUGUUGUAAUUGUAUUUGAUCUGUAUGUCAAAGACCGUAAUUCUUUAUUGUAGCAAGCAACUCCUAACAUUUACUUGGUGAUAGUACCUAAAUAGUUCCUAUUUAGAAAUGAACAUAUUGUAAAUAAAUUCACAUUUGAAAUGAACACUAUUAUGUUUUCAAACAAUGUUUGCAUUUAGACAGUUAACCUUUAAAGUUCUUAAUUCACCCUUAUUUAACAGUGCCUCAAUGAAAACCUAUGGACCUUACUACAAUUUUAGAGAUGUUUUACCUGUUUAUCUUCUUCUGUGUGUGCUGGAUAGUCCCUGGCUUUCAUCAGCCAGAAAGCAGCAAGCUUUUUGUUCUUUAACUUCAAGUAUGUCUUUCCUAAAAGAAGCAAGUUUUUGCUGUAGAAGUUCGGAUCCACUGUUAUGUAAGAUGGAAAAAUAAACUUAGGUCAAAAGAAGAAUGUUGCUUUCAUUUUAAAAUGUUUAAUUUUUUGGUCUGAUUAAUAAAAUUGUAUGGUCAAUAAGUGA